CGUCCUCCGUCUCUCACUGCCGUCCUCGCUGCCCACCACCCUGCGUUCACCCGCACGACGCACUCGACAUGAGAUCAGCCCUCCUCAAGGCGGUCUUUGCCACUGUCUUUGCCCUCUCUGCGUAUGCCCAGACCAUCACGACCACUAACGCGUUGGGCCUAACGGUCGUUGAAUUGAUCACCCUCAACCCGCUCGGCCUUGCGACGACGGAGACCCUGUCGACGCUUACUGGGGCCACAACGCGGACCACCACCACACCGCUCACGACAACGACGCCCACAGCCACAACCACGGCGGCCACACAGAACGGUGGCGCCGUCGAGGACUCUCCGACGGGCGGCGCGGCGACACAAACCGUGUAUCAGUACUCGACUACCGACGCUGCAGGUCUGUCCACGUGUAGUUUGGCCCCAACGAGCAUCACGAUACUGACGCCUUGCUAGGUAACACGGUCGUGCAACAAGCAACGUUCAUACCGACGUUCGCACCCACUACCACACGCACUCCGACCGCGUCGGGCACGGUACUGCAGUACAGCGAGUGGGCUACAUCGGCUGC